AAGCCACGCCUAAAAACAUGGCGUUCCUCAGAGCUUUGCUAAAGUCAUCUCCAGCUUUAAGAUUAUGCAGAUUUUGCACAAAUACAGUAGCAAAAGUUGACAUAUCAUUUGAGGAAAACAGCAAUACAGCAUCUGAUAUAUAUGAUAAAUUCAAUAUAAACGAAAUUGUAACUGUUAGGAAGCUUUUUGAGGCCAGAAUGCACCUGGGCCACAAACAUGGCGUGUCCAACCAGUUGAUGAAGGAUUAUAUUUGGGGUCUACGAGAGAAGAUACAAAUUUUUGAUUUAGAUAUCACUUCUGAGCAUUUGAAGCGAGCACUGCUGGUUGCAGGACUGAUAGCAGAGAAAAAAGGAGUCAUUCUCUUUGUUAACAGUCGCUCUCAAUUUGAUAGACUAAUCCGUGACACAGCCACUGAUUGUGGCGAGUACUACCUAAGCCCCACCUGGCGACCAGGGACCUUCACAAACUCACAAGUGAUGCUGAAAACCUGUCGACUCCCUGAUCUUGUCGUAUUACUCAAUUGGCAUACCAAUGUCCAGGCAAUCCGUGAAUCCAUAAUGUGUAAUAUACCAACAGUUUGUCUCACUGACAGUGACAGUGAUCCAAGACUUGUCACUUAUGCUGUACCCGGGAAUGACGAUACGCCUUCAUCUGUAAAGUUUUUCUGUGAAGCAUUUCGUGAUGUCAUUAGGAAUGCCAAAUCAAAUGUAGACAGUGAAUGAGAGAGACUGUUAUCAUUGUCAUUGUAUUAUAAAAUGAUUCUUUUCAUUAACGUCUGAAA